AUGGCUCCCAGAAACUGCACCAGAGUGACUGGCUUCAUUUUCCGGGGAAUAACUGACAUUCUAAAGCUGCAAAACAUCCUCUUUGUGUUCUUCUUUGCCAUUUAUUUCUGCAUGCUGGUGGGAAAUGUCUGGAUGAUUGUGCUGAUUAGCGUUGACUCCCAACUCCACAGCUCCAUGUUCUUUUUCCUCAGCAACUUGUCACUCUUAGAUGUUGUCUCCUCCUCUGUGAUUGCCCCCAAGGUGAUGCUCAGUUCCCUAGUGAAGAGUAAAGACAUUUAUUUCUCUGGGUGUGUGGUUCAGUUUUUUCUCUUCUCCUUCUGUGCCGAUGAGCUUUGCCUCCUGGCUGUGACAGCCUACAAUCGCUUUGUGGCCAUCUGCAACCCAUUGCUUUAUAAUGUCAUCAUGUCCAAGAGAGUCUGCUUCCAGCUGGUGGCUGGCUCUUACCUGUGUGCCUGUGCCAAUGCCACUGUGCAUACGUCUACUGAAUUCAGUCUGUCCUUCGGCCACUCCAAUGUCCUCGAUCAUUUCUUCUGCGAUAUUUGCCCACUCCAAGAAAUUGCCUGCUCUGACUUUUGCAUCAAUAAGCGACUACUUGUUUUCCUCUUUGGCAGUCUGAUUGAGGUGAUCACCAUUGUGACCAACCUCAUCUCAUACAUCUUAAUUAUUGUGACUAUGCUGCGGAUCCGCUCCACCAAGGGCAGACGCAAAGCCUUCUAUACCUGCACCUCCCACCUGACGGCUGUCUCCAUGUUCCAUGGUACAAUUCUCUUCAUGUAUUUACGACCCAGUGCCAACUACUCGUUGGACACAGACAAAAUGGCCUCCGUGUUCUACACAAUGGUGAUCCCCAUGCUGAACCCCCUCAUCUACAGCUUGAGGAACAAGGAUGUGAAGGACUCCUUGAGGAGAGCAAUAGAGACAAAAUUGAGGGCCCAUUUUUCCCCAAAGGGUGUCAGAAUAGGACAACCAAAUCCUUCAAAGGCUUCUCUGCACACAUAG